UCUCAAUCCAACAGGAGCAUGAUGCGACCGGAAGCGUAUGCAGAGGUGCACGUUGAAAGCGAGAGCGAGGACUCCACGCCCCGGGUGCUGUCUCCGACCCGACGAGUGAACAAAAAGGUGGACGAGCAUGCACAGCAGGCAAAGGUACCCGCUGCAUCCUCGGCUAUGGACAACGUGACCCUUCCAUCGAAUCCUCCACGACGGUGGCGCCAAGGGUACCAAAAGUUGUACGAGACGCUCUACAUGACAAACACGCGCGAAGGCCAGCGCUGCAACGUCAUUCUCAUGGUGCUCACCAUCGUGAGUGUUACCGUUGCCGUUCUGGACAGUGUCACGGAAGUGCGCGAAGCGUUCAACAAUGGCCUCGUCGUCAUCGAGAUGCUUUUCACGCUGUUGUUCUCGGUGGAAUACGCCUUGCGCCUCCUGUGUUUACAACGUCCCUCCGACUAUGCCACUAGCAUCUACGGCAUAGUUGACAUGGUGUCGAUCCUCCCGACUUAUCUCGCCUUUCUCAGCGAUAGUGCGCGCCCCCUCAUGCAUUUGCUCGUUCUGCGCAUCUUUCGGAUCCUCCGGGUGUUUCGCAUUUUGAAGCUCGUGCGCUUCAUGGAGGCCGCAGCGACGUUGAUGGAUAACAUCCACCAGAACAAGCGACGUAUCGCCGUCUUCCUUUGUGCCGUGUUUGCGAUGAUCCUCGUCAUUGGGUGCGCUAUGUACCUCAUCGAAGGCGAGCGCCAUGGCUUUUCGAACAUCCCAAAGAGCAUGUACUGGACCGUCGUGACACUGACAACUGUCGGCUACGGCGAUAUCACGCCCAAGACCGUGCCAGGUCAAUUCUUGGCUACGAUUGUUAUGUUUGUCGGCUAUGGCUUGAUCGCGUGCCCGAUGGUACUCACGGCGACCCAGACCCAGACGUCCGUGUCGCUCGGAGGCAUGGGCUUCCAAGUCAUGCACUGCCCUUCGUCGCCGGCGUGCAAACCGUUCAUGAACCUCCAUCAAGACGACGCCAAAUUUUGUCGAAAAUGCGGAGCCAAACUCAGUGUGUUUUUGUAAUCAAUCGCUUUAUGUGAAACGCA